CUGGUAGAGACGGCUGGUGAAACUCAUGAAGAUACCCAAGCCUAUGUGACUGAUCUGCUUCUGUGUCUUCUGAGCAGUGCACCGCAUUUGAACCCGCUCCUCGAACCACCACUUCUUCCAUCGGCGUCACCAACUCAUGCACGAUCAACCUCGUAUACACCAGCCCUGCUACGACAGUCCGUUCUCAGCCAGCGACUGCAUCAAGAGAGGAAAGAUGUGCGUUUGUCGCUGCUCCUGUCCGACGAAGAGGGCAGGUUAGGAGCUGCUCUGAUGAGAAGCAAGAGUGCCGAUCAGCUGAAGAGUGACGCAGAAGGAGAUGAGGAGGCUACCGCUAGAAUGCAGAUUUGUGCCAUCGCAGUUGCGUUGCUGGAAAGCGGUGUAGACAAUGAGUUCCUGCUCUCAAUAAAUCUCCUUGAAAAGGUAUGGUAUUGA